AUAUGCUCUGAAGGUGCUGAGCUCCCUCUCCCAGCCUUGAGAUGUUGGGCCAGGCUGGGGGUCCUGAACCUCCCCACAGAUUCCACCUCCUUCCCCCUCCUCCUUGCCCCAAAACAUCCCCAAUAUCACCACAUUUGUCCUGAUGUGUCGAACAAUGGCAAUAUUUAACUCUCAUAAAGGUGAACUGGCCGUUUUACCUAAAAGCCUAUUUGUUCGUGUUUGCUGUUUCUUGCUGAAAGGGGAUUUAAAGUUUUCCAGGUAGCCCUUGGAUUUUUACAGCUUCCCAUAAAGAAUCCAAAUCCAGGACAAAAAAAAAUCAUCGAAUUAAUAACUCUUCCCAUGCUGUAGAGGUUUUUCCACGGCUCCAAUAUUUCUGUGCCAGGAUUCCCCAGCAUGUCUUCACUAACAGAGAAGGACAGACCAAUUGUUCAGCUCUUGCUCAACACUGGCACUUGCCCACGAUGUAUUUUGAGGUUCUGCUGUGUGGGAUCACAGACUCUUUACAGACAUCCAGACAAGGAUUUGAUGAAGGAUUUACGAGACUUCCUGAAAAAGAAUCAAGAAGAAGAAGAAGGCACAGUUUGUUUGGAGGUGGUUGACCCACCUUGUAAGAGGAUCAGACUUGAAGACACCGAAGAAGGUCCCGAGGAUCUGAACCACAACGGAGCCCUCCCGCAGAUUCCUUCGGAGAGCGACGGGAAUGCUGCGAUGGAGAGCUCUGCUGGGAAGGUUUGCAACGUGUGUUUGGGAAUCCUUCAGGAGUUCUGCGAGGCUGACUUUGUUAAAAGGGUGUGCCAAAAAGUUAAUUCUGCUGAGUACCAGUUCACUAGUUUUGUAUUUUCUGUGUCACUCCCCCCCCAGCUCUCUGUUAGGGAGAGAGCUGCUUGGCUGGGGGUGAAGCAGGAGAUGAGGAAUCUGGGCCUUUCCUUGGAAAAGGAUGACAUUGUUCAGCUGAAGGAAGCUUAUAAGUGGAUUAUCCACCCCCAGUUGGCUGAAGAGCUGGGUGUUCCUGCUGAUGGAAAGAGUUUGUUUGAAGUCAGCGUGGUCUUUGCUCACCCAGAGACAGACGAGGAGUGCCGUUUCCUAGCCACAGCCUGUCCAGACUGUUUCAAACCAGCAAAGAACAAACAGUCUGUUUUCACCAGAAUGGCAGUUAUAAAAGCCCUAGAGAAGAUAAAAGAAGAGGAUUUUCUCAAGCAUUUUCCAUGUCCCCCAAGUUCACCAGAGAACCUGUGUGAUGCUCUGGAAAUUCAGUGCAAUAAUGGUGCAGUUUUUGUGGCUGGAUUCGGGAGCUGUCAAACCGAGAAACACCUUCUGUGUUUUUUUUUAAACCUCCUCUUGUUCAGAUCAAGAGUUAAAAUUCUUAUCUUGUUCUCCUUUUUCCAUUUUCUGGAAGGAGAAUUUAGCAGUGAGAAGCUGCCUGUGAACGGAAGGUAUAACAAAUAUUCCAGGAAUUUACCUCAGACCCCCUGGAUUAUUGAUGGGGAGAGGAAGCUGGAAUCUUCAGUGGAAGAACUAAUUUCAGAGCAUCUCAUGGCUGAAUUCAAAGCAGACAGCUUUAAUUUUUCUUCCUCUGGAAGAGAAGAUGUGGAUGUGAGGACACUAGGAAAUGGAAGGCCCUUCGCAAUCGAGCUGGUGAAUCCUCGCAGGAUCCACUUCACCGCCGAGGAAAUGAAGAGGCUGCAGCAGGCAAUUAAUAACUCUUCAGACAAAAUCCAGGUUCGAGACCUGCAGCUCGUCACCAGAGAGGCAAUUGGUCGUAUGAAGGAAGGUGAGGAGGAGAAGACAAAGACCUACAGUGCCUUAAUAUGGACGGACAAAGCAAUCCAGAGGGAAGACAUCGCGCUCCUGGAUGAUAUCAAGGAAUUAAAACUGGACCAGAAGACCCCUCUCCGUGUUCUGCACCGGCGGCCUCUGGCCGUGCGCUGCCGGAUCAUCCACACCAUGAGCUCCGAGUACAUCGACGAGCACCAUUUCCGCCUGCACCUCAAGACUCAGGCAGGGACCUACAUUAAAGAAUUUGUGCAUGGAGACUUUGGAAGAACAAAGCCCAAUAUUGGGUCCCUCCUGAACAGAACUGCUGACAUUCUGGAGCUGGAUGUGGAAUCUGUUGACGUCGACUGGCCCCCGACCCUGGAUAACUGACUUCCCAAGGGAUGAGGAAGCAGCAGCUCAUGACCAAACACUGUGCAAGUGUUUCAGCCUGGGUGCAAAGGGUUUCCAUGGAACACUUGGAUCAUGUUGAUCUGCCAAAGGAUACCCUGACUUUGAAUCUACUUUGAACACUCUGGACCAGGUAGUGUUGGUUCAGUCUCUGGCCUUACUUUAAUUUCUUCCACGCAUAAAAAGAUUUUGGGAAGCCAGUGCAUUCCUGAUAAAUUAUAGUUAAAGAUAACCCUCCCUCAAGCCAGAUUUCUUUUGAAAUUCUUUUUAUAUUGGAUGCUACAGCUUUCCUUGUCUGGAUGCAGGUAGCACUGAGUUACCUGAAAUCCCAACUCUUUCUGAGCACUGUUCCUGCAGGAAAUCCCAAAAGCCAGGGAGACUGAAGCCAGCAGGACAGUGCUGGAGCAAGUCUCCUUGCUGGCUGCUUUUUGGUCAGGGUUAGUUUUAGAGAUGGGCAGAUUUAUCUCACAAAGGGCAAAAACAUUUUUCAGAGGAAACCUUUGCACUUAAAACCAAGUUUUUCUAAUUUAAAAACAUGGGCGACACUUCCUAGAAACAACAGCUGGGGCCUCGUGAGCUCUCCAGCCUGGCCACAGUCCUCUCCAGGAGCAGGAAUUCCCCAGUGAGUCACCACAUAUAAAAAGAUUGGGAACUCCUGGCAGUGGUGCAUGAUGGGGAUCUAAAGAAAAACAGGAAUACCAAAGAAUCUCAAAGUGCAGGCAGACA